CCGCGCUAAUCCCGCCUUGCGCAUGCGCAGAUGCUAAACCAACGCCCCGGAGUUGAGGCGCGGGUUUGGUGGCGCGUUUUAGCGAAGUCGCACGUGAAGGAUAGCGGUGACCGGAGUCCGACCCAGCAUGGCAGGCCCAGGCAGCAGUCCCUCAUGGAGCAAACAUCUGUUCAAAGCCAUCCUGGUGAUCCUAGUAGGCCUCGUUCUCCUCCACUCAGCAUCAGCCCAGUCCCAUCGAGACUUUGCAGCACCAGGGCAGCAGAAGAGGGAGGCUCCGGUAGAUCUGUUGACCCAGAUAGGUCGAUCUGUACGGGAGACACUGGAUACCUGGGUUGGGCCAGAGAUCACACACUUGGUUUCAGAGACCUUGGCGCAGGUGAUGUGGGCCAUCUCGUCAGCCAUCUCUGUGGCCUUCUUUGCUCUGUCUGGGAUCACCGCACAGCUGCUGAGUGCCUUGGGGCUAGACGGUGAUCACCUCACCCAGUGCCUGAAGCUCAGCCCUAGCCAGGUCCAGACACUCCUGCUGUGGGGAGCAGGGGCCCUGGUUGUCUACUGGCUGCUGUCCCUGCUCCUCGGCUUGGUCUUGGCCUUGCUGGGGCGGAUCCUGGGAGGCCUGAAGCUCAUCAUCUUCGUGGCUGGCUUUGUGGCCCUCGUGAGGUCCGUGCCCGACCCUUCCACCCGGGCCUUGCUCCUCCUGGCCUUGCUGACCCUCUACGCCUUGCUGAGCCGGCUCACUGGCUCCCGGGCCUCGGGGGCCCACCUGGAGGCCAAGGUGCGAGGGCUAGAGCGCCAGGUGGAAGAGCUGCGCUGGCGGCAGAGGCGAGCAGCCAAGGGGCCCCGGAGUGUGGAGGAAGAGUGAGAAGAAUGCCUCACAGCCACCUUGGUCUUGCCAAAGAGCUGAGCUGCUUCUGGGCCGCACAGCCCUCUUCCAGCCCCUCGCCCUUGACUGGCCCUAUCUUAAACCCUUGCUCUCUGCCCUGUAUGUCCUAGCUGAGGGAGAGGGAGACCUGGCUCCCGAGGGUCUCCUUCUGGGCUUGGCUCUCAGCCCUUUCUCUGCACCCAGCCUGUCUCAGCUAGGGCAGGUGGGAGGGGACCCCCACUCCAGCUUCUGCCUCUGCUCUCAGCGAACAUCACUGCCAUUGCUCGCCGCCAGAGGCCUCCGGGCUCCCUCCUGCUGCCUCCCGGGCUUCCUCCUGACGCACUUGCUGUCCUGUCCUCCCUUCUGCAGCUUCUCCUUGGCCGAGUCCCCAGCUCCCUUUCUGUGCCUAGCUGCCGUCCAGCCCUGCACUCCCACCAGCCACAGUCCCUCAGGCAUGCACCUGUCCUCUUCAUUGUCAGGAGAGGGAAGAGACAGGGUCUUGGGACCUGAUUUUAAAGGAGGGGGAAAUGGUCCCCUGGGCCUGUGGGACUGGGGGGAUGCACCUCGAGUGUGUUACAAGUGCCUUAAUCCGGAGCCUGCAGGGCCCCCUGCUUGCCCGUUGCCAUGCCGAAUGCAGGGAAGCGCACUGGGGCUGCUUCCUGGCAAGAAGGGAGCUGUUGCUCUCAGAAUCUCGAUUCCCCUCCAGCCACAGCAAGAGAAGCCUGCUGCUUCGUAGGCUGUGCCGCCAGAUGGGAUCCCACAGAGGCCAGUAGGCCCCCUGUGAGGAUCUUAGAGACCCUGAAGGAGGAAGGAGGACUCACUUUCUUGUCUGCAUCACUGCAAGUGGUUCUCUACCCCUGUCCCUCCACUCCCUGCCACCAAGAGGAGUCACUCUGCUCUUCGGUGUCCAGCAGCCUGGGGAAAGCCGGGGGGCGGGGGGCAGCUCCUUUCCCUCCUGGUGCUCCUCUGGUGCUCCGGUGCUCCGCAGGGAGAGCCUGCCCACUGACCCCUCCCACCAGGGCGCUCCUUCCACACGGUGAGGGGCCACCUCUUCCUUCGAGGCUCUAGAGGGGACGGAUGUCCUCUGCCAGGCCUGGCACAUGAUGUGAAGAAUAGAUGCCCAGUCCUUACUGUUAAGGUUUGACGUGGAAUCACAGCUGCAGUGAUAUAUAUAUUUUUAUCAGCGCUUGGUUGGUUUUAAAUAAAGUGCACGCUAUUUUAUUAUCUUAUUCUGAAUAAAAUGUAUUUACUCCAA